AAGAUGGGCAGCAGUUUGACGCUGGUUGGGGCCCUCUGGGCUUUCCUAUCCUUUCUCACAGCAGUUGCCAGCUCGGCCAGUUACUUUGUGCCCUGUUGGCUUGUUGGUUCCCAGAUGGGGAAGCCGGUUUCAUUUGGCACCUUCCGACGGUGCACGUACCCAGCUCGGACGGAAGAGAGGCACCUGGUGAUGGUGGAAGAAUGUGGGAGGUAUGCCAGUUUUGGGGCUAUCCCCAGCUUAUCCUGGCAGAUCUGCACCGUGGUGACGGGAAUUGGCUGUGCCUUGCUGCUCCUGGUGGCGUUAGUAGCCAUCCUGGGUUGCUGUGUGGAAGAGCUCAUCUCUCGGAUGAUGGGACGCUUCAUGGGGGCAGCACAGUUUGUAGGAGGGCUGUUGAUAAGCUCAGGCUGUGCUUUGUAUCCCUUAGGAUGGAACAGCCCAGAAAUACAGCAGACGUGUGGGAAUGCCUCCAAUCAAUUUCAGUUAGGAACCUGCAGACUUGGCUGGGCAUAUUACUGCAUGGGAGGUGGAGCGGCUGCAGCCAUGCUGAUCUGUACCUGGCUCUCGUGCUUCGCCGGAAAACAUCCCAAACCCAUAAUGUUAGUGAAAAGCAUCAUGCAGAGUGCAAAUCCAUAUGGAGUGGAGCUCGAGUGCUGCCUUAAACAAUGA